UGACACAUUUUGGACAAGAUGGCGGACGAACUUGCAGCCAGCGUGCUGAAAUACUUGAGUGAAAAUGAACCGAUUGAUACACAAGAUCUUGCUAAAGUACUAAAUGUUGAUCACCAAAAAAUUGUUGGUGUUGUAAAGAGUCUUCAGUCACUAGGAGAAAUUAUUAAUGCUGAACAGCGCCUCAACAAAAGUUAUGAGUUGACAGAGGAAGGCAAACAAGUGGCAGAAAAGGGCAGUCAUGAAGCUUUGAUAUUCCAUGCCAUUCCAGAUGGUGGAAUUCCUCAGGCAGAACUUAUGAAAACAGUACCAAAUGCCAAGAUUGGUUUCAGCAAGGCAAUGCAAGCAGGAUGGGUACAGAUGGACAAGAAGUCUGAAGGAGGACCAAAAGUUUUCAAAAAGGUUGACAAAAUAGAGGACAGUGUACAAGAUUGCAUGAGAAGAAUACAGGACCUAAAUCUUGAUGGUAUUACAGAUAACCAGAAAAAUGAAUAUAAGAAGAGAAAAUUGGUACAAGAGGUGAAAUUUGCAAGCUAUUUAUUGUCAAAGGGAGCUGACUUCAAAUUGUCUAUAGCCAAACAGGAAGUAGAUCUUACGCCAGAGAUGAUAUCAAAGGGCAGCUGGAAAGACAAAACAUUUAAGGAAUAUAAUUUUAAUGCUCUAGGAGUUAUGCCUCAUUGUGGGCAUCUUCACCCAUUGAUGAAAGUACGGGCAGAAUACAGACAAAUCUUCUUGGAAAUGGGGUUCACAGAAAUGCCAACAAACAAUUUCAUAGAGAGCAGUUUCUGGAACUUCGACGUCCUUUUCCAGCCACAACAACAUCCGGCAAGAGAUGCUCAUGACACUUUCUUUAUAUCAGAUCCAGCAUCAGCUCACACUUUCCCUAUGGAUUAUCUAGAGAGAGUGAAGAAAGUGCACUCUGUGGGAGGAUAUGGCUCACAGGGGUAUAAGUAUGACUGGUCAAUAGAUGAAGCAAAGAAGAACAUCCUGAGAACCCAUACAACAGCUGUCACCUCCAGAAUGCUGUAUAAAGUAGCUCAGCAGCCUGAGUUCAAGCCCGUGAAGUAUUUCUCCAUUGACAGAGUGUUCCGUAAUGAGAACCUUGAUAAUACACAUCUUGCGGAGUUUCAUCAGAUAGAAGGUGUUGUGGCCGAUUACGGACUCACACUUGGUGAUCUAAUUGGAGUCAUCAAUGAGUUCUUCAAGAAACUAGGUAUAACAAAGCUUAGGUUCAAGCCAGCAUACAACCCAUACACAGAACCUAGUAUGGAGGUCUUCAGCUAUCAUGAAGGUUUAAAAAAGUGGGUGGAGAUCGGAAAUUCAGGUAUAUUUCGUCCUGAAAUGUUGCUGCCAAUGGGUCUACCUGAGGGUGUGAAUGCUAUUGCUUGGGGAUUGUCCCUAGAAAGACCAACAAUGAUAAAGUAUAAGAUUGACAAUAUAAGAGAAUUGAUUGGUUCUAAAGUAAAUCUACAGAUGGUAUAUGACAAUCCUGUAUGCCGGCUAGACAAGUGAACAUUUAGUCAUAUGACCUUCACCUUUAGGACCAGACGUCUUUCGCAAACAAUUGUCGUGCGACAGCUGCAACAUGCAACAGGGAAUCUCCACUGAUCUUUAUUUUGUGCUGGUGUAUACUUUAUUAAAUGAAUAGUGAGAAAUGGCUGUGCGAUAUUGCUUGCAAAAAAGUAGUUCAGAUGCAUUCUUACUUUACUACAGGCAAAAAUUGUUCUGAACCGGAUUUCAUUCAUUCAUCAGAAUGGACAGUGAUUAUGACAUAGUGAAAUUUUAUUACUGUUUUAAGUGCUCUUCCAGUGUUACUAUACAUUUGUAUUGGUAGACUGCAAUUGUUUAUUAAGAUGAAUUGUAACUGGUGUUAUGAGGCACUCAAACUAGGACAGUGGUUAAUACUGUUACAUUUCUGUUACUGUUUUGUUCAAUAAUGAAAGGCUUAGACAAGUAGUUGUUGAUCAGUUGUUGAAAAAAAAAAUUGGUCUUAAGUAGCAGUAAUUUGUUCUAAGGUUGUCAGAAAGAAAUAUUUCAAUUUACAUUAGUGUUGUUUACAUUUCUCCAUUAUAAUCAUUGUUAAAACAUAGAUCUAAUAUCUUUUUUUUUAUUAUUCAUGACCUCCCAACACUGUCACAGUGCAAUACACACUAUAUCUUUUUCUCAAAAUGUGAAAAAAAAUCUUCGGCAAUGCCUUUUUUACAGUAAAAAGAAAUUUCUACAUUUCUGCUUUGAAAGCUCAAUGAAUUAUGAUGCAUGCCUGUCAAUUCAUUUGUUUAUUCAUUACAUUUUUAUGAUUUUCUUUUGAAAUAAUCAAAUGGAAUUUCGA